AUGUAAGCUGAUGUUAUAUUCCCGCGGCUUUUCCCACCUCUUCCCCCCUUAUCCCCUCCUACCCGUUUCCCAACGGUCUAUCGCUGACUUGGCCCGAAGACGCUGAUUGGUUCAAGCUGCUCUUUUUCGUCAAGCGGUCAGCGUCUGGCCUAUUAAUUUAUAAGACAUCGCGGGAUUGGGUUACGGGUCCCAGGCCAGGGGACCAUAACCCGAAGCUGCUUGCUCAUUCCGCAUUUGCAUUUGCACUUGUUUUAAAAUAUCUAGGUAUAUAUCCUAACGCAUAUAACCUGCCGACUGAUCUGAACGAAAAAAAACAAAAGAGUUCUGCGUUUACGAGAGUUUGAUAUUUGACAGUGGCUUUGCUACGCUUGAUUGGCUUUUUGGAUUGGCUUCCUUUUCGUCCCGAUUUUCAAGGACAUGCGGCUGAGAACUCGCCUCGUGCUUUUCUACUCUCUAAGCUGAUAAUUUAUCAGCUGUCAGCAUUACCGACUCUUGAGGUUUUUUUUUUUUUUUUUUGCAGCUCUGAAGCAACGAUAUAUACCACCACUUCUAUAAAUAUGGCUCGAGACCAAUUCAAUAAUGAUGAUGGUUGUGGCUGGCGCAGCUGGAACGUCGUUCCAUGGGCAACCGAAGACUGCGCGGCGCGGCGAAUCACCAGCACCUCCAACAGGCGCCACGUCGAAAGCUUCGACGUUAUCCCUAUCCCGAGCUCUAGCUUCAGCCCAACCUCACUCGCUCCCAAAGACCUAAACCGGGAAGCCCUAACAGACUUCGAAGCCCUGAUGCUCGGGGAAAUCUCCAACGAGGGGUCCUCAGCAGAAGACGAAGAAGAAGACGAAGAAGAAGAAUACGAAGACGAAGAGGAGCUGGAGAUGGACUCGUCCGAGGAGAACGACGAAGAAGCAGGGGGCGGCUUGCCCUUCCCGUUCAUGGACCUCCCCUUCGAGAUCAGGCAGCAGGUCUACCGCUGGCUGCACCUCAUGACGCCCAUCCGGCUCACGCAGUUCGCGCCCUGGUACCCGAAUCCGAUCAGCCGCGCCUACCAUGUGAGGGCGGUGACGCUGGGGGAGGGGGGAUCGGGGUCAGCGGCAUCAUCAACCACAGCAACAAGACCAGCAGCGGCAGCACCACGACCCACACCCACACCCACGUCCCCCCUCCUCCUCUCCCACUCCCGCCCGCACUGCUGCCUCCCCACCGCCCUCCUCACCACCAGCAAGCAGAUCUACCUCGAGUCGCGGCACCUCCCCUUCCUCGCCAACGAGUUCGUCUUCGUCAACUGGUUCGCCUCGGGCCUCUGGGCCGCGCGCUGCUUCCUGCGCGGCCUGUGCGCGUGGCAGAUGCAGGCGAUGCGGUACGCGCGCCUCGAGCUGCUGUCGCGGGACCUGUGCGGCCGCUACGCGGAGGAGGAGUGGCGGGGCCUGUGCGAGGGGUGGGCCGGGGGUUUGAGGGGCCUGAGGCUGAAGGUGCUGUGCAGUGGCAGUGGCAGUGGUGGCGGGGGCGGGGGCGGACGGGGGGGGUCGCCUGUCCUGGGGCAAGGCGUCUCCUGGGUCGUGGCGGGGUCGCCGCAGCGCGGGGCGCCGACGGUGCAGAUACGCGAUGAGCGAGGGCGCGCGGAGGAGUGGGUCGAGAAUGGGCUGAAGAAGCUGAGGAGGCUGAGGUGGCUGGAGGUCGAGCUGGCGGUCGCGGACUGGGAUGAUGGGAUGAAGGUUGAUUGGUGCCGGAGCUUGGAGGAGGCGGUUAAUGAGGGGAGGGGAAGGGGGGGUGAGGGGGGGGAGGUGGUGAGGGUUUCGUGUGUUGAGAGGGAGGCGAGGGAUUGAUUUGAUAGAGGGGCUAUCUCAAAGAAUGGAACAAAACAAAUAGCUAAUGAGAAAAAGAAAAGAAAGGGCUGAUAGGAUUAGGUAGGUAGUCCUAGACGGCGCGGUUACGAGGUCCAAGUUAUGAGAAUGGCGCCCAACUUAGAGAGAGUCGACGUUCGCGGUUUCCCAGGGGAUAGAAAGGCUAGGUCAGGAAUUGGGGGGGGGGGGGGGGGGGGGGGGGGGUC